AUCUAUGUUCUUAAUGAAUAUUUUUGACUGAGUUGUGUGGGGGCAUGCCCCAUUCUGAAGAGGCUGACGAUUUUACUGUCUCUCUUUUUUUUGCUUCCAGAAUGGCUUCUGGGUGGGUUCUCUGGGUGGUGGCUCUGUUAGUGAAUCUAAUCAGGCUGGAUUCCUCCAUGACUCAAGGAAGAGACUCUCCAGAAGAUUUUGUGAGUCAGGCAAAGGCUGACUGUUACUUCACCAAUGGGACAGAAAAGGUGCAGUUUGUGGUCAGAUUCAUCUUUAACUUGGAGGAGUAUGCACGUUUCGACAGCGAUGUGGGAAUGUUUGUGGCAUUGACAGAGCUCGGGCAGCCUGAUGCUGAGCUGUGGAACAACCGGCCAGAUAUAUUGGCGAGGAGUAGAGCUGCUGUGGAUAUGCUCUGCAGACACAAUUACAAGCUGGGUGCACCCUUCACUGUGGGGAGAAGAGUGCAACCCAAGGUGACAGUGUAUCCAGAGAUGACCCCAUCCCUGCAGCACCACAAUCUGCUGCUCUGCUCUGUGACAGAUUUCUAUCCUGGGGACAUCAAGAUCAGGUGGUUCCGGAAUGGGCUGGAGGAGAGAGCAGGGAUCAUGUCCACUGGCCUUAUCAGGAAUGGAGACUGGACCUUUCAGACAAUGGUGAUGCUGGAAAUGACUCCUGAACUUGGAGAUGUCUACACCUGCCUUGUUGAUCAUCCCAGCCUGCUGAGCCCUGUUUCUGUGGAGUGGAAAGCUCAGUCUGAAUAUUCUUGGAGAAAGAUGCUAAGUGGAGUUGCAGCCUUCCUGCUUGGGCUCAUCUUCCUCCUGGUGGGGAUCGUCAUCCACCUCAGGGCUCAGAAAGGUCUCCCACCACAGCCAUAUUAAGGUCUUAACUGAAGCUUCUCCCCCUGGAGCCUGAAGUACCACUGAGUGGCCUGGGCCCCAGACUAAGUAAAGGACAUUCGUGAAGUCAAUGUUCCGGAGUGACUCUUUUCCAUGAGGCCUUGGAGGAGUCCUGAACUGAUUCUUGAGUUUGUGUUCUGAGAUCAUGCAUCUCUCACCCUUCUGCCCUUCUUCCUCCUACUUGAAUAUGUUUUUAGUCCCCAUUUCCAAGGACUGAAAUUCCCCUAAGACCUGACUCCUUUCAGUCCCGAACUGGUUACUUUUUCUAUGGUCCAGCCCUAACCCUGUACGUAGUCAUCUCGUCUUUCUCUCUUCCUACUGCGUCUCCACAGUCUUCAGAAGACAAAUGCUCAGAUAGUCACUGUUUCCUUUUCACUGUUUUUGAAAACCUUUUUUAUUGCAAAAUAAAACUGA